AUGCCAAAUACGCAAAAUCGGCACUUGAGCCAGUUCACUCAUUAUCAUUUAUAUCAGGAUGAAAUUCCGCUUCCUAGACUCGUAGCGCUGGCGCCGCUCAAGCGGUUCAAAGACGUAUUAGAGCGCGAUCUGGCAGAAAAGCUACGGUAUGACUGAGGAGUGGGAACAGCCGCCUCGGUGUAUGAGUGGAAUACUUAAAAUUUUUACGCAAGAAAAGGAAAUUUUUUUUUUGAACUUUUUUUAAAAUAAAAGUUCGAUAGAUCCUCGCAUUGAAGAUUGAAAAUUGAAAUACUACUGCUUGGUAACUUCCGAAUAUUUUUCUUUUUCACUUGAGACGGAAAUUCGUUCAUUUCUUCCAAGGUCGCUUUGGAAUGCAUAAUGGAAGUUCUUUGCCCACCGUAGAAGAUUAUGAUGAAGAUGACGUGAUUAUAAUUGAUGACUCAUCGGAUGAAGAGCACAAACCUCCGCCGAAGAAAAAGACUAAGGUUCAGAAUGGUUAGUUUCGUAUAAGUUUCAAAAUAUUUCUAUCACUUUAGUUUCUUCAAAGUCACCAAAAACUCCAAAAAUAGCAAAAGUGAAGCGAACAGAAGCAGAAGUGCAAGAAAACAACAACAAAAAACUUCCAAUUGUUACAAAGAAUGAGGAGCCACCAAAAUCUCUUUUUGGAACAAAUUUGAAAGAAUCGUGGGCAGAAUUUUGGGAGAAGGUAAUGUUUUUUUUUUCUUCGACAGUUUUGUUUUUUUUUACAGAAGAAACAACACAGUCAAGAAGCUGAAGUUACAAAUACAGCCAAGGUUAGAGUAUUAAUUUUUUGAACAAUCAAACUUUUCAUUUUCAGAGAAAAGCCACAGCUUCUUCUUCGAAAAAACCUGCCGAAAAUGUCGGAAAAAAACUGAACGAAGAAAAAAAAGAAGUUUUACCUGGAAAAAUAGGUUUUUAUUGCUGUUGUUAAAAUUUCUAUGAAGUGAAUACAGUAGAAAAUAACGAACCGAGAAAGUUCAUUACGAGCACGGCUGAGCUGAAAGAAAAACGAGACUCCGUGUUGGCGGAAGUUUUCAAGCACAAGAAGUUCAAGAGUCGCUUGCAGUUUAACGCAGUAAAUUGCAUUUUGAAACGUUGGUUUACAAAAUGUUUGAUUCAAAAUUUCAUCAAAUGUAGGAAAAUGCGACGUCUAUGUUUCUCUGCCGACGGGAGCCGGAAAGUCACUUUGCUACCAGGUAACAGAUGAUUUUGGGAAAUGCGAAUUCGAGAAAAAUUUCAAGCUUUUUCUGUAUGUCCUCAAAAAGAUAUUUAACCCUUUGGAUGAUUUAAAAAGGCAAACGAAGAUUUUUUGUGAGUUUCUUUAUCAUUCUGUACGAACGAAUUUUUCAUAUCGACUUUUCAACUUUGUUUUAGAUAAUCCUAUUUUGUCUUGACACUUUUCCGAAAGUCUUUCUCACAAAAAGUCGUCAAUAGAUGCUAGUAACGUCGUGAAAGUGUGAUAGGUUUUCUGGAAUCUUUAUAAGGUCGUGGUAAUUCGCUUAAAAAUAAUUAUAGCGUUGAAUAUUAUAAACAUAAAUUUGAGCUGCCUGCUGUGGUUCACGGAGGAAUAACCGUUGUUGUUUCUCCGCUCAUUGCUCUGAUGAAAGAUCAAAUUCUCGGCCUUCGGAAGAAAAAUGUUACCUGCGAGACUUUGAAUUCCUCGUUGACUAAUGAAGAACGUUCGGCCGUCUUGAGUGUGAGCUUUUUCAGAAUCAAGAAGCUGAUGAUAUUUUGGAAGAUUUUCAGGAUUUGAACAAAAAGAACCCAAAUACUCGGUUGUUGUACAUAACAGCGGAAGGAGCGGCUACCGACAGCAUGAAAAAGUUUUAAAUUCAGCAUUAUUUAAUGCUAGUUUGAGAAAAAAAAAACCUGAGAAAACGCCUGGUCCGAAAUGAAAGUUCUUUUUUCAGGUUGCUGGCAUCUCUCCACAAACGGAACUUGUUGUCUUAUUUUGUCGUAGACGAAGCUCAUUGCGUCACUCAUUGGGGCCACGAUUUCAGGUUUCCGUUUUGAAUUCUUCGAAUGAAAAGAGUUGAUUUAAGACCAGAUUACUUGACUCUGGGAUCGCUGCGAGACAUCUGUUCCGGGGUUAAUUUCUUCUAGAUUUUUCACUGAACUUGUGCUUUUUAAAGGUUCCCUGGAUUGCCCUUACUGCAACCGCGAACACCAAGGCCAAAGACGACAUUAUCCUCCAACUGAAAAUGGCCCACGUCGAAGCUUUCAAUGUCGGUUUCACCAUUGCAAAAAUGUUUUUUAUCAGUUUAUCAGGCUGGAACAUACCGUGACAACCUGUUUUAUGACGUUUGCAUGAAGGACUAUCUCAACGCGGCUCCCGAGGUUCGAACUAUGAUAGAAUGGAAAAGUUCGAAGAAUGAUUCAGAAGCACAUGGCAGCGUUCAUCACCAAAUGCUUGACUCCUCAAAAGACGGCUAAGGAACUUUGCAAAGAAGAAAAAGGAGCUCGGCAGGCUAAUGUCAAGGUUUCGAAAGCGCGGAAUUUCCUCCAAAUUAGCAUCUUUUUUGAAGAUGAAAAGUAACUAUAAUGUGAAGUUUAAAUUUAAGUCUAAGAUUUAUUAACAUUACAAUUCGUUGGAGAGAGAAUUUUAUGACUCUAAAAUAUGGCUUGAUUUCGGAUAAAUAGUUCUUGAGAGGUUGGAUAAAGAAAGCUUUUUUUUUCGUUUCUUAUUAAAUGAAACUGAAAAGUCAUUUUUCGUCUUCCAGAAGAUGAGCGGAAGCGCAAUUAUAUACUGUCGAUCUCGAAAUGAAUGCGAUAACAUGGUGACGACUCUCGCCACAGUUGGAGUCACGGCCCUUUCUUAUCAUGCAGGACUUCCGAAAAACGUUUCUUUGGCUCUUGGUUUUCGAAAAAAUGAUUAAAACUCAGGCGAGAACGGAGGUGCAAGAAAAAUGGAUGAGCGACGAGGUUCCGGUCGUCGUCGCCACGAUCGCUUUCGGCAUGGGAAUCGACAAACCUGAUGUUAGGUUUGUAUGUUCGAAAGAGUUCAAGACAUUUUCCAUUCUCAGGACUGCCUAUUUCAUUCAAGCUUAUCCUAUGCUUUUCUUCCAUUUUCUCAUUUUUUUUAUAGACUUCAGAGUUCUUCAUUUUUAUUCAGAGUCGUCGUGCACUGGUCGCCAUCCCAGAACCUCGCCGCCUAUUAUCAAGAGGCUGGACGUGCUGGUCGAGACGGGAAAAGGAGCUUUUGCCGCAUUUACCACUCUAAAUCCGACCGUCAGACGCUGAAUUUCCAUGUCUCUGGUGACAUAGGAAAGCUGAAAGAGAGGGUUAGUUUAAUAUUAUGUCUUUACAAUAACUAUUAAGUAUUGUAACUUCCGCAACUUUCAGGAUAGCAUUAUUUUCAAAGUUUUUUUUCAAAUUUAAGAUUCAAUUCUUACUGAAAAAAUGUUGAGAAAGGUUGGUUUUCAUUCCAGAUGAAGAAAAAGAAGGCGACGGGAAAGGAAGAAGAGCAAAUCAAGGCGUUGCAAAAUGGAUUCGAAAAAAUGAUUGACUAUUGUGAAACGCCCCAGUAAGAAUAUUUAUACCAAUAUCAGUUCUUUUUUUUGCAUUUCUUAAUUUUAUCUCUUUCAUACUGUUCCAAUUCUAUUUUUCUUCAACUAAAUUAAAUUAUCAGCUUUUCUUAUUCCUUUUCCACCAGAUGCCGACAUGUCGCCAUUGCCAAAUUCUUUGAUGAUUCCGACGCUCGGCCUUGCUCAAAAAACUGUGAUUUUUGUACGGAUCCGAAGUCAACGAAACGGAUGACGGAGAAUUAUCAAGUGAUUGAAAUGAGAACAAUCCAGAGAUCCAUUAGAAGUUUCAGUCUCUGUCCGUGCCUACCAAAACGGGUCGAUACACAGCAUUUACUGGGAAAGGCGGUGCCAGAGAAGACGGAGAUCUGUACGGCGGCGGGAAGCAGUAUGUCUUUUCUCAGUUCAAAAGUUUCGGAAACUUGAUUUCUACCUUGUAUCUUUUCAAGAAGAUGGGCUGUUCAAAUCUCCAGUCAACAUUAAAUUUGGAAUUAACGAAACAAUCUGUUUUUUCACACGAGGAGCCAGAACUGUGAAUAUAAUCUUCAACUUUUCUUUAGAAUAAAACUGUAGAGAGAGUUAUUUUCAAUAAAACGAAAACUCUGCUAUUUUUUCUGAUUCAUAAGAGGUUUCCAGUUAGAGACCUAGAGCCUAUAUUAGGACUUUAUCAGUCAAUUUCUAUAAAAACUGAAUUUUUAAGAAUAGUCUUUCAAAGUUUUUUCAAAAAAAUUCUGAUCGUCUUUCCAGCGGCUCCAAAGAUGAAGACAUGUAUGAAAAACCGUCGACGUCUUCUGAAGUGAUGGACCGUCUGGAAGCCGACGAAGGCCGAAGAAUGAGGGGCGUCCUUCAACGCGAAUUCGCCAAACGGCGACGUUCUACUGUCGGUUUCAGAAGCGUUUCAAAUUAUCAAAAACAUGUUCAGAACGCCCCUGUCCCCUCGGAUGAGCCCGAGACUCCUUCUAUCGGAAUCACUGUCACAAAUUCAUCGUCUAAGCUUGUGCCGAACGUUACAUUGCAGGUUUUUUUUUAGGGUUUUAAAGAUCAUUAAUAAAAUUUGACUACAAAAAAGGUAGUUUUAGAUAUUAUUUCAGAGUAAAUUUGCCGAUAAUCAUGAUCAAAACUUAUCGUUAAUUUGAUUCAAAAGUUUGUCUGAUUUCCAGACUUCUUUUUUUGUCUCUUUUCUCACAAAAGAAUACCAAGUUGAUCCAAUUUUUCUUUCGUGAUCAAGUUUUUCGUUAUUAUCAAGUUACGUUAAAUGAAAAAUAACUCGUGAGUUAACUUAAGAGACGCGAAACGAUGGUCUCGGCCUUGACAAAAGCCCUGGAGGCCAAUUGGCCAUGCGGGGUUGCGACGUGCGGCAUGGUGGCUUCUGAUGCGGCACAACGUCUCGAGUGGAACGCCUACAGCGGCAGCAAAAACGUCACUGUUUAUAACAACAAGGCCUCACAUAAGGUUCAUUUUAUCUUCAUUUUCAAUUCGCAUCGAAAGGUUUUAAGGUAGCCGAAAUCAAGAAGAUGACGAUGCAGAACAAAACCUACGAAGUGGAAGGCUCGGCCCCCGCUUCCGAUGGAUUUGUCUCGGCUAGCCAGCUCGUGUAA